CUCUUAGUCCCGUGUGGAAUGAUAGAGAGAGCUUCAUCGCAGAAACCCCCUAAAGUGCUUUAUUCGAGGAGGACAACUACUGCCUUCUUCCCUUUGUUUUGGCCAACCUCUACUUCCUCCAUCUACUCCCUUUUCUCUUAAUCCAUCUCUUCCCCAAUUCAGUCUUUUUUCUCACUUUCAUUCUUCAGUCCCUCCCUUCUCUCCAAGGCUCUCUGUUUCCAUAUCUCCUCCCCCGUCUUCUAUCUUUCCGUCUCCUGCCGUCCGGUCUGUCGCGUGUCCCAUAUAGACCUUGCUCUUUAUGGCUGAGUGAAGUGACCAGCCAGGGACUCUGGUGGAGUGAGUGACCAGCCAGGGACUCUGGUGGAGUGAGUGACCAGCCAGGGACUCUGGUGGAGUGAGUGACCGGCCAGGGACUCUGGUGGAGUGAGUGACCGGCCAGGGACUGUGGAGGACUUUACGUGGGAGUAAGGAUGGCGGUGAACUUUUCGGAGGUUUGGGGUCGGGUAAAGAAUGUGUGUGCGCAGAACGGGCUCCUCAUCCUGUCUGUGUUGGCCGUUGUCAUUGGCUGCAUGAUGGGGUUCCACCUGCGGGGAAAGCAGCUCUCAGACCAGGAGGUGAAAUAUUUCCAGUUUCCUGGAGAGCUCCUGAUGAGGAUGUUAAAGAUGCUCAUUCUUCCCCUCGUCGUCUCCAGUUUGAUGUCGGGGCUGGCAGCCCUGGACGCCAAGUGUUCCAGCCGCCUCGGCAUCAUGACCGUCUCCUACUACCUGUGGACCACCUUCGUGGCGGUGGUGGUGGGCAUCCUCAUGGUUACCAUCAUCCACCCAGGUGGCGCCGCCCAGAAGGAGGACAACGAGGACAGCGGCAAGCCAAUCAUGAGCUCCGCUGAUGCCCUGCUUGAUCUGAUUCGCAACAUGUUUCCAGCCAACUUGGUCCAGGCAACUUUCCAACAGUACCGUACCAGGAGUAUCCCCAUCAUGAAGACCCCUCCGCCCACGGUGACAGCUCCCCUGAUGGAGAGCACCACCCGGAGGGUCUAUAUCUACGGUGUCCAGGACGACAACGGAACAGACGUCCAGAACUUCUCCCUGGACCUGACUCCCCCGCCAGACGUCCAGAUGCGCACGCUGCCCGGGACCAGCGACGGCAUGAACGUCCUGGGGAUCGUCAUCUUCUCCGCCACAAUGGGUAUCAUGCUGGGUAGAAUGGGGCCUAAUGGCAGCGCCCUGGUCAACUUCUGUCAGAGUUUAAACGAGGCUGUCCUGAAGAUUGUCGCCAUAGUGAUCUGGUACUUCCCGUUCGGCAUCGUGUUCCUGGUGGCCGGUAAGAUCCUAGAGAUGGAUGACCCGUCAGCCAUGGGGAAGAAGCUGGGUUUCUAUGCCAUCACCGUGGUGAUGGGCCUGAUCCUCCAUGGUCUCUUCAUCCUCCCGGCCAUGUACUUCUUCAUCACCAAGAAGAGCCCCAUCGUCUACAUCAGGGGCAUCCUGCAGGCCCUGCUCAUCUCCCUGGCAACCUCCUCCAGCUCGGCCACGCUGCCCAUCACUUUCAAGUGCCUCCUGGAGAACAACCACAUCGACCGACGCAUCAUCCGCUUCGUGCUCCCUGUGGGCGCCACCAUCAACAUGGACGGGACAGCGCUCUACGAGGCCGUGGCAGCCAUCUUCAUCGCCCAGGUCAACAACUACGAGCUAGACUUCGGCCAGAUCAUAACCAUCAGUAUCACAGCUACGGCUGCCAGUAUUGGUGCAGCUGGAAUCCCGCAGGCCGGAUUGGUCACCAUGGUGAUCGUGUUAACCUCGGUGGGCCUGCCCACUGAUGACAUCACUCUCAUCAUUGCUGUAGAUUGGGCGUUGGACCGUUUCAGGACCAUGGUCAACGUGAUGGGAGAUGCCCUGGCCACGGGGAUCAUGGCUCACAUCUGUAGAAAAGACUUCGUCAAGGAAGGAGAGCAGGUGCCUCUGAUCUGUGAGACCAAGCCCAUGAUCAGCAUCCAGCAGAUGAUGACGUACCAGAAGAACGGUGGGUACCAGCACCCUCCCUGCGGACCAGAGGGCCCGGACGUGGCUCGUCUGAUGCAGCUGGAGGAGGGGUUACGGCCGGAGCAGAGGAAGAGGAACCCCCACGCUCCCCAACACAAGAGGGAGCACAAGGACAAGGACCACUGCUCCAUCGACAUGAAUGGCCUGGAGACUAACGUAUAGAGGGAGCCAGUCAUCAGCACCACAGCAACCGGCUGCGUCCCGAUUCUCCACAUUUCUCUAGAAGUGUGCACAUGCAUACUCUCCGUCACGGAUCUAACAGUGGUGGAUCUAACAACUCCCUCCAGCCAAUGGUUACACCAGUUCAGUGUUUUUAACACCAUGACAAGGAGUGGGAAAGUACAUACUUUGGAAAAAGGUGGACAAUCAGAAUGCAGCCAAGAUUAUACCUACAGGCGAGAGGAAGGGACUGACUGACCAACUGCAACAGAUGCAGGAUGAGGAUCCAACAAGAAAAUAUGAUUUUCUACAUGAUUUAUAUUACGACCCAGUAUGAUUGUGCAUGUGUGUGUGUAUGUACUUAUCAGAGUUGUUACACGCCAGCAGAAUGAUUUUAGAGAAACAUUCUAUAUGAGGAGCAGGCAUUCUAUAUGAUGAGGAGGCAUUCUAUAUGAUGAGGAGGCAUUCUAUAUGAUGAGGAGGCAUUCUAUAUGAUGAGGAGGCAUUCUAUAUGAGGAACAGGCAUUCUAUAUGAUGAGGAGGCAUUCUUGUUGAUGAGGAGGCAUUCUAUAUGAGGA